UUACGAGGACGCCAUAAAUCUCAUAAGUCACAUCGUUACAAAAAAUUACACAAGUUCGCGAUGCCUUUGCUAAUGGGUGUCUUGGCGGCUAAACUGAUACUAAUCCCGUUAAUGCUGAAAGUGCUGACGGCUAUAUCCACUUCUGCGUUAGCCCUGAGUAAAAUCGCUUUAGUCGCUACGGGAUUUUUGGCCUUGAAAUGGUUUUUUAGCGAACCAGUAAAGGAUAAUACACGGUUUGACUUGAUUUACUUGCCACAAUCUGAGGCAGUGCCUUUUCGGAUACGCGGGGGUACUUUUACGCUGGCGAAAGACCAGGCAUGGGAUGCCAGUGAAGUUGUGGACCUUCAACCUUAUAAGAAAAGUCAGCAUAAAUACAUUCCUAUGAUUGUAAAGGACGGUGCGAAAUACUCAUCUUACGGCAGUGGUGACGGCACGAAAGAUAGCUACGCACAAAAUACUUACUACGGUGAAACGAAUUUAUAUAAAGGUAAACCCUUUCUGUGA